AAACACAAACGGAGAAACUCUGCAUUUUCAAGUGGAAACUGGAAAGCCGGGGGGAAGAUGAGCACGGCGACAACGGCGGCGCCGCCGGCGACGGCGACGGAGACGGCGACGAGGGUAUACGUCGGAGGGGUAGGAGAGAGCGUGGGGGAGGAGGAUUUGCGCAAGAUAUUUGGGGCUCUAGGGACGAUUGGCGCCGUGGAGAUCGUCAGGACCAAAGGGCGCGGCUUUGCCUACUUCGAUUUCGUGCCGGCGACCCAGAACUCCCUCAACAAGCUCUUCAGCAAGUAUAAUGGUUGUGUGUGGAAAGGGGGUAGGCUAAGGCUUGAGAAGGCAAAAGAACAUUACCUUAUUCGACUGAAACGAGAAUGGGAAGAAGAUGCUGAACAGAAUAUCGCACCUUCUGAUGCUCUUGAUGCAGAGAAAGACCCAGCAGCUCCAGUAAAGGCCAAAAAGUUUCUUGAUAAAGAGAAGCAUCUUCAUAUUUUCUUCCCUAGAUUGAAGAAGGUGAAAUCUUUGCCAUUGCAAGGAAGUGGCAAGCAUAAGUACAGCUUUCAGAGGGUUGAGGUUCCUCCCUUCCCAAAGCAUUUCUGUGAUUGCGAAGAGCACUCUGAUCUAUCUCAUUCCUUAAAAGUGGAAAAGACUCAUGAACUUGACUCUCAAGGUGAUGGUGGCAUAAAUGCUGAAGAGCUUGAUAUGAUGAAUUCGGUGAUGAACAAGUUGUUUCAAAGAGAAGCAGAUUCAAUCCCCACACGCAGUGGGAAUGAACUGAUUGAGGAUGAAAAAAUUUCUUCAGCAGGGUUUCUGGAACCACAGCUGGAAGAGGACAUGGUAGAUCAUGACGAAGAUGACGAUAACCUCAUGAUUAAUAUGGUAACAGGAGUGGGAGAUGGAAAACCACAACUGGAAGAGGAGAUGGUAGAUGAUGACGAAGAUGAUGAUGACCUCGUGAUUAAUAUGGUCACAGGAGUGGGAGAUGGAAUUACUGGGGGCCAUAUUGGCAAUUUCUCAAUGAAUCAGGAAAAAUCUCACAAAAGACAAACUUCUGGAGAUGGACUGGCACGAAAUAGGCUUCCUAUUCAGAAAAGGGACAGCGCAUUGCCAAAUAAGGAAAAUAUGUCACUUUCUCAUGGACAUGGUGUGGGAAAGGAGUCAUUUUCGUCUCCCAAAAAGCAACAUGAUAGUUUGCCUGUUGAUUCUGAAGUAUCACGAAAAAAUCAGAAACUCCAACCUGUAGUUUCAGAAUCAAGGACCCAAAAUCUGAAGAAGCAUCCCUUAUGGUCCCAGAAGUCCUCAUGGAAAGAACUUCUCGGGGAGAGAAAUGAAUUUGCCUUCUCUGUGUCACAUGUAUUGCCUGGCGGUGGCACUUUGGGGGAUGAGCAACAGCUUUCUGAUAACUCGAAUGUGCUCAACAGUGUGGACCACAAAAAUCAGCAUGGCGAUGGUCAGCAUGAACAUUCAGAAGACAAGAUUACUGAAUCAACGGAAUUAGAAGAUAAAACUGAAAGUGAGUCCGCAAUACAAAAUAAAUCCUCAGCGAAGACAGGAAGGGGCAGUUCAUGGCUCCACAAAUCUUCAUGGACACAAUUGGUAACGGACAAUAAAAGCAAGUCAUUCAGUAUAUCGCUGAUUAAGCCAGCUCUAAAUUCUGAACAUGAGCUUCCAGCUGAUAAUACUGCUGAGAGCAAGCAGCAUGAUGAAUCUAUACAAGAUGGUUCAAAUGGCUUGAGAGGUGGAAUGGAGGAACCAUCAAGUGCUGCUUUUGACUCGAGCAUGGCUCCCCGAGUUAUGGAGCAGAAUCUUCCACAACCGGAAGGUUUGGAAGGGGCUUUGAAUUUCAGUUCGCUUACUGAUAAAGACAGCAAUAAAGCUGCUGCUGCUUCAUUGCCCAAGGAAAGACGCAUUUCAGUUCCAAAUCAGUCAGUCAUUAGAGUGGAUAAAGAAUGCCCUUUUAUGAGAAAUGAAGCUUCUCUACGAGACUGGGCAAUUAGCAAAGCAAAUCUUGCUAAGUCGCUUAAAAGAAAAAGAUAAUCUGCAAAUUUUGGUGCUUCAAGUAAGCUGCUCUACAGGGCUGAUAUGUAUUGUAUUGAGGCUGUCAGAUUUCCUCAAACAGGUAAAGCUUAAGGCAGGAUUAGAUCAAGGAUGAGUUCAUUGUAGUGCUUUUAGUUGGGAAUCCCUUGGUAAUCCUUUUUUGACUUUGUGAGUACUCAAUAGUUUCUCGACCUUUGAUUAAUCAGUAACAGACCUUAUGUUGUUUUCUCCAAUUUAAACGAGUAGGAGAGUUGUUGAAGAAUCGAAGCAUGGUAUCAAAUGGUUCUGGUAUGAAAGAGUGAUUGUUCCACUGUGGUGAACCUUAAGAAAAUGGCUCUGAUGAAAUGUACUUUGUUCUGCAUUUUUUCUCAAA